AGCACAUAUGCGCCAUCUCACGUUGGAACCUGGUCAAGCGGGAAAAACUGAAAAAUUGUAAUGUCAAAAUCUAGCUUGUUUUUUUUUAUUUUUGGACCUGAAAUUCGUUCGUUAAGACAGCUCGACUACCCAAGGGAGGUCACGAAAAUUGAGAACCGGGAAAACUAGACAUCCAGGUUUUAAGAAUAGCCAGCCAAAAGAUGUCUCUGACAAAAUUUACCCUACCUGGAAAGGACUGCCGUUGCAUCGUGUACGAGGGCAAAGUGUGCAAGAUCAAGACUUUGAUGCCACCCCUCACAGAUGGGACCAUCGGUGACUACAUUGAUAACAAAACUCUCCAAGAAGAACUUGAGGACAUUAUCAGGGCUGUCUUGCGCAUCCCCCACAGUGUGGACCCAGUAACGUUGAGGACAGAACACUUGUUUGUACAGCCAGAGAAAAAAGAAUGGAACCUACCUCACAAAGUUGAAUUCAAACAACCUGGUCAGACACUCAUUGCUCUUCCUUACACGUAUGUCCUUAAUCUUCAACUUUAUGCUGCUAAAAAGGAAACCCUUGAGGAACCACAGAUUCAGGAAGAGGACAUGGAAUCAAACAAGAGGAAAGCUGAACGAUCGUCAUCGCCAUCUAAAUCAACUGAACAAAGCAAAAGACCAAAGAGGAAACUCAUUCAAGAGGGACCCAUAUCGAGCUCCUCUUCUCCCCGACGCUCAAACCGGCGCAUGGCACCAUCACGCGGCUCUGCUUCCAGCUCCAACAAGCCAGGCUACAUCCUGAGGAAGCGUGCCCUGAGGGUCACCACCAGCAACAACACGAGCAACAACAGCAACAUGUUGCAGAGAGGAGGUAGCCACACAAUCCCACCAGAUGAUAAACGAUUAGAUGAAGCAGGGAUGUUAGAUGGUUGGGAUGAACAGACAGGUAGAAGGAAUAGGGAUCGGAUAGAUAUAGAGAGACAGAAGAGGGAACGUUCACCUGAGUUAGAGUCGGGAUUUAGUAGGCUGGUGCAAGGGAAGGCUGCCGUGGGUCCAGAAAGAUUUCCAAGGGCAAAUGAAUCUGCGGAUAGGGAUCAGAGCCAUGUUGAAUGCACUGGAGACCAGGGGCCUAUGCCUGCCAGGCCAUCGGAUGGAGGAGCAGCUAGGGUGGGUGUCCCAGGACAUCCUGGGAGGGAGCGGGUGGAGCAACACGUCCUGCAGGAGCAGCUCAGGCUCCAGCAGAUGGCCAGUCCAGUAGGGGAUGCCAAAGCAGAGGAACAGCCCAAUGACAGAGGAGGAUUAAUCCAUAACAUGUUUGAUUGUGACGCCAGUGAAGAAGUUCUUCUUUCGAGACUGAAGAAAGACCAGGACAUUUGUCCAUUCAAGACUGGGGCUGCCAUCCCCUCCGUUUUCCUCUCUCCUCUCCCAAAAUUUCAGCUAGAAGGUCUUGCAUUUAUAUGAUUACCCAAAGAGAAAUUUGUAGACAGAAUAUGCCGAUCAAAAAAAUGUAUAAAGAUUGACAAAAGAAAACUCUGCCACACUGGAAAGAAAAAUACUUUAGUUUCAUCUAGACCUUUUUUCCUGUCAAAAAUUAUUUAUUCAUGUAGUUAUUAUUUAUAUUAAAAGCAUCAGUUACAUAGCAA